CACCGCCCUGAUAUUUCCUAUUUACGCCCUGUAUUUUAGUACAAAAAUACAUGGUAUUUUUUUUUAAUACAUGACAUCCUUUCCUCUUUCCCUUUCUCCUUUCCUCUUUCCCUUUCUUUAUUUAAACCCCCACAUUUCCCAUGUUUUCCACACAUUUCACUUUCACUUUCCAAACUUUGUUUAUUGGCUUUCUUUUUCAAGAAAUUUCCGGCAUUGACCAAGGUAUUUGGAGGCGUUGACCAACAUUGACCGGCGUUGACCAACAUUGAGCAGCGUUGACCAAUCAAGAAAAAUUUCCUCCGGCGUAAUGGCAAACAAUGUUCCAUAUUCGAGCAAUGAUGGGGACGGGGUUAAUUAUCACGGUAGAUUUCAGAUAACUGAUGCAUUCUCAACGGUUAAUGAUGCGGUUAACCAUCUUAAUGAAAUUGCAAUUUCCAUAGGGUUCGAAUUGGUUAUUGAUUCGUAUAAGCAGAAUCCGACUGGUCCACUGCGUUGCUAUUUGAAAUGUUUUAGGGGGGCGAGAUACUCGGGAAAUAAGGUAGAUCCGAAUAUUAUGGUGCGACCUAAUACAUCGACAAAGUUUUGUGGAUGUAAUUUUAUGAUUAGGUUGGUUUUGGGGGACAAAUGGCAUGUGUCUAUUCCGAAUAGUGAUUAUGCUUUCCACAACCACGCAUUCAUAGUAUAUGCGGAGGGUCACAGACGGACUAGUGGGCUCAAUGAUGAUGCUAGGCGGAUGGUUAGACAGAUGACUGAUGCCGAGACCGCACCCAGAAACAUUCAAGCUGCUGUAAAUGAGGCAUUCCCCCAUCUUCACCAAACGAUAAAGCAUAUAUACAACGAGAGGUAUUUUUACAAGAUGGAAGGGCGUGAAGAACGGACUUCAGCUGAAAAUUUUCUGUACCUUGCUCUUCGAAAAACUAUGUGUAUUGGUCAUUACGGGAUGAUGAUGGAGUGA